AACUAACACUUCCGGUGUCUUCCCUGGCGGAUCGGGGGACUGUGGAGUGGAGUUAGCACGUGGGUUUUGAAGGAGUUUGGGGACCGGGCCGUAUGGAAGCUGCUCCGAAGCCGGGCAGCGGGGCCCGGGUCAAGGCCCAAGGCAAGAAACAGAAGCCUCGCCGUUACUGGGAAGGGGAAACUGAUGGAGCCAAUCCCCUCCCAUCUAACCCCUUCACUGCCCCUGCCCCUCCCAGGGGGACCAAGAGGAAGGGGGAAGAUCCGUCCCAGCCCAGGGGUACCAAGGUACUUAAGAGGUCAAAGCAGAACCAGAAGCAUCUGAGGUCAAAGCAGAACCAGAACCAGAAGCAUCUGAGGUUAAAAAAGGAUCUGAGGCCAAAUCAUAAACAGGAGCUGAGACCAAGUCGGACCUUAUCUGGGGCUCAGGAUCCAUUCCCAGGGCCAGCCCCAGUCUCAGAGAAUGCUGUAAAUAAGUUCCGAAGAGGCAGCUCUAAAUUUGUGAAGAAGCAUCCCCUUAAGUUCGCAGCUGAGCACAAGCUGAAGGCAGCUGCCGAUGAAGAGGAGGAAACAAGUGUCCGUGCAGCCCGGGCUGAACUAUUGCUUUCUGAGGAGCCUGGCUUCCUGGAGGGAGAGGAUGGGGAAGACACAGCUACAAUCUGCCAGUCUGACAUCGUGGAGGCUGUGGACAUUGCCAGUGCAGCUAAGCAUUUUGACCUGAACUUGUACCAGUUUGGACCCUACAGGCUCAAUUACUCACGAACUGGAAGACACCUUGCCUUGGGUGGCCGGAGGGGUCAUGUGGCCACGUUUGACUGGAUAACAAAGAAAUUAAUGUGUGAAAUCAAUGUCAUGGAAGCUGUGAGGGACAUACGGUUCCUGCACUCUGAGACGUUGUUUGCAGUUGCUCAGAAACGCUGGUUGCAUGUCUAUGACAAUCAAGGUAUUGAGCUCCACUGUGUCCGAAGGUGUGACCGUAUCACUCGACUUGAGUUCCUGCCCUUCCACUUCCUGUUGGCCACGGCUUCAGAGACAGGAUUCCUUACCUACCUAGAUGUGUCUGUCGGCAAGAUUGUAGCAUCCCUGACAGCUCGGGCUGGGCGUCUGGAUGUGAUGACCCAGAAUCCCCACAAUGCGGUCAUCCAUCUUGGUCACAGUAAUGGCACUGUGUCCCUCUGGUGUCCAGCCAUGAAAGAGCCACUGGUUAAGAUUCUCUGUCACCGUGGUGGAGUCCGGGCCAUCGCAGUGGAUUCUUCUGGCACGUACAUGGCAACAUCUGGUCUGGACCACCAGGUGAAGAUCUUUGACCUUCGGGGAAAGUACCAGCCUCUGACAUCUCGGGCUCUGCCUCAGGGAGCCGGCCACUUGGCAUUCUCACAGCGAGGACUGUUGGCUGGAUGCAUGGGGGAUGUGGUGAACAUAUGGAAGGGACAGGGGCAGGGUAGUUUUCCCUCCCUUGACCAGCCAUAUCUGACCCAUCGUCUCCCUGGCCACGUCCAUGGCCUUCAAUUUUGCCCCUUUGAGGAUGUGCUGGGGGCAGGCCACAGCAGAGGCUUCACCAGCAUCCUGGUACCUGGGGCUGGGGAACCCAAUUUUGAUGGACUGGAGAGUAACCCCUAUAGGAGCCGUAAGCAGCGUCAGGAAUGGGAAGUGAAAGCUCUGAUGGAGAAGAUCCCAGCGGAACUGAUUGACCUGGAUCCUCGGAAUCUGGGUGAAAUUGAUGUCAUCUCUUUGGAACAGAAGAAGAAGGAGCAAAUAGAGCGACUGGGAUUCGACCCUGAGGCUAAGGCCCCCUUCCAGCCAAAGCAGAAAAAGAAGGGACGGAGCUCAACAGCAAACCUGGUGAAGAGGAAGACUAAGGUUAAAGACCAGGAACACAGGGAAAAGGUCAGGCAGAGCCUUCAGCAGCACCAGGAGCAAAAGCUACAGGAGCAACAACAGAAAAAGAAGAAGAAGAAACUCAAAACUCCUCAGUCUCCUGGGUCUCGACCUUCUGCUCUGGAUAGGUUUAAACGAUGAUGAAACCCCCCCUUCCUGGAUCUUGUGUGUUGGGACAGACUCGGACCCUCCUGCCUGCACUCCUGCCCAAAAGGGAUUGACCAUCUGGGUUACAGGGGUGGGGGGCGUAUUAAAGAAAAACUUGGGUUUUUAGUUAUA